UAUUUCACGAGUCACAACUCACAACAAAGCUCACUCGGAUCCUCCACUACUCGAUCUCAUUUCUCCUUUUUUCCCACCACCUUGCCAGUGUGCCAAACAGUGACUCUUCUUUCCCUUUGUCUCUCCAGUCUCCUUCUCUUCCCAUGUCAGAUAAAACGCUUGCUUACCGUGUUGGUCAAGAGCCCAGCUCCUAUUAUUGACCCUAAUUCUCUAAAGGUCAACUGAAUGAAAACAGCUUAUGUUGAACAAAGAUUGCUCCAAUAGAGAGAAAGAAUGAGUUACCGGGAGUGGCAAGACCAUAGUUUGAGUGGUGUUUUGCCACCUGAAUGUACAGAGGACUUAUUGAAAUGCUUUACAGAUGAUGGUGGUUUAAGCUAUGAGGAUAUUUGUGUACAGCAGGAAAGUCUCUACUUCUCCUUUCAAAAAAAGGGGAAAUCCAGACAUGCAUAUCGUGAGCAUGGUGAGACUAGUCGUAGUAGAUCCUUUCCAGGACCAGCCCGUGCUUCAUCUGGGGUAACUGUUGCCUCGCAAUUGGCUCCCUUUCCAGGACCAGCUCGUGCUUCAUCUGGGGUAAAUGUUGCCCCGCAAUUGGCUCCCUUUCCAGGUCCAGCCCGUGCUUCAUCUGGGGUGGUAAAUGUUGCCUCACAAUUGGCUCUGGAUGAGGCUUUUGCUAGAUCGUUACAGAUGGAUGAUAGUUUUGAUGAUGAUAUCUAUACUUUGGCUGGAGCUUGUGUAUCCCCCCCAAGAGAGCCUCCUGUUAGGGUUGGAAUUUUGGAUACUUCAGGGCAUAACAUCAACCAGGAUAACAUGAGCCACGAGGUUGAAAUUCCAAACACAACAGAUGGCAUUAAUCUAGAUAGCAUGAGCUACGAGGAAUUGCAGUCAUUGGGAGAUGCUAUUGGGCAUGAGAGCAGAGGGCUCUCGGAUGAUAUUAUAUCUCGUUUGCCGACUUUUAAAUACAAUAAUGGGUAUUUCUUUUGGAAAAAGAAAAGCGAUGAUGAGUGUGUAAUAUGUUGCUCGGAGUAUGCAAAUAGAGAAAAGUUGGCAAGUUUACUCUGUGCACACACCUUCCAUUUUAAGUGUAUUAAGCGCUGGCUGAAAGAAAAGAAGACUUGCCCGGUUUGUAACGAGGAGGUGCGCGAUGCCUGAGCAUGGAUGGAAGAAAUUGUGAAUCGGCUUGCUCUUGUUUUUACAUACCUCAUGGGGAUUGUGCUUAAUCUGCAUUUUUAUCUUCAUGCUAUUAGAUUUUUAUAUGUAACUUUGGUAGUUGUUGAAACUGUAUUUUUGCUUUUAGAUUAAUAGAUGCCUUCUUUUUUGUACAUUUAUGAAGGCAUUUUGGAUAGUGAUAAUCUUACUAAUUGAUUUGAAUGAUAUGAGAAAAUCCCAAAUUCUAGCUCACGUUUUGGAUACUUAUC